GGCAGCGCGUCGUUCGAAGCUCGAGGUGACAAUUGUACGCGUAAUUACUUUAGAUUUACAAACACGCGCGUGUUCGAAAAUUCGCUUGAGCCGUGUGCUUGGUUGCGAGCCGCGACACUGCGCGAUGCGUUGGAGACGCGAGAUCGCGAGGCAGCCGCGUGGCGACGUCGUGCAUGGCCAGUGAAGGAGGCGCAACCUUUAUCCCGCUACGUGUUUACGUCCGUCGCUGUGGUCAUGGAGACGGUGCUCUGACGUUGCGUCGUGGAUACUUGCCGCAACAGACGCGCCCAGUGAACGUUCCUGAGACGUGAUUCGACGAGGUCCGAAACCGGCCAGCCGACCGUUUCUUCGCCAUCCACGCCACGCAGCCGGUCGAAAUCACCGCGACGACUAUGUGAACCAGGCCACUCAGCAGGCAUCGUCGAUGAAUUAUCGCUGCUGGAACGACCGCUCGGGAUCGGUAAGCGGAUAAGAAAUUGGUGGAGAGUAUUGGCGUAGAGGGCGAGACACAAUGGCUCUGGCGAGGAUCAAGAGUUUCAUAGACACGGGCCUGAAGACCGUGUCCACGCCGUUGGAUCGCACGGUGAAUCUGGAGCCGGAAGUGGGCAUUAGGAUCGUUCAUUCGAUCAACGAGAAGGCGCUGCACGUGACGGUGCUCGGUGCUCGCCACUUGCCUCAGAAUUUCGGCUUCACCCGCGUCAACAGCUACGUAGUCAAGGUGAAGCUGAUACCGGGAAAGGAGAAGUUCGAGACGACGUCGAAGAAGGAAUCGUGGCCGCAAUGGAACGAGGAGUUCACGUUCCCCUUGCGCAAAGAGACGAAGCAGAAAUUUGGCAAGACGAAGGUGGUCGAGGAGGAGAUCAACGGGUCCAGAUUCAUCGUGGCGACUUUGUACGCUGUCCUCGAGGACAAGCCGCUGAUAGCGACCGAGAAGAAGGAAGCCGAGAAGGACAAGACGUCAUCGUCCACUAAAGAAUCUCCGAAGAAGGGUAGCAAGAAGAAAGAUGGCCAGGGUGGCUCGACGGAGAACCAAGAACCGACGAAGAAUAAACUGCUCAGCCAGUUUUUCAGCAAGGGAACGGACAAAACCGCGGAAACCGCGGCCACGGAAAGGAAACUGUUCGAUAAGAGACGAACCGUAGGCGCAACGACGAUUUCCUUGGACCCGAAGAACUUCGCGUCGAAACCACCCAAGGCGAAACACGCGAGCGAUGUGUCGACGGGAGACAUGUGGAGACCUUUGCGACCGAUCGCCAGUGGUAUUUCCGGGGCUGAAGAAAGGAAGGAAAACAAGAAAGGCCAGGUGGAGGUGUCACUGUGCCAGGAAAAAGACAAGAAAGAGGAGGGUAGCGAAAGACUGGUAUUGUCUCUGCAUCGUCUGAGGUGCGCGUUACAGACGAUGCACGAGCACGAGACUUUGAAAGGGCAGAUGUACAUCAAGAUGUCCGUGGUAGACAACGGAAGGGUGACUCACUUUUGGAAAAGCGAUCGUUUCGCGCCGUGUGUGUCGAUGAAAUUCGCGCCGGAUAUGGCGAGAGUGGUCGCGGAUAAUCCGUAUCAGGGUGCGCUGAAGGAUGUCAGCUUCGUCGUUAAAUUUGUCUCUAAAAAUAAAAUGGGGAAGAAGACGACCGUUGGCCAUUUUGUGAUCGGUCCAGACGUAGGAGGGACCUAUGGCGAGCAGUGGAAACAGGCUCUCGCGAAGUCGGGGCAAGAGAUAACGAAAUGGCAGGCAUUCGAGUAAAAUCGGGAUAAGCGAAUGGGUGAAUAAAAGCUAUCGAGUAUUCUCGGCUCGACUUUUACUCGAGUUUCCAUCGAGCGCAAACCUACUUUCGAUCCAUGCGAAUAUUAUAAAUAUUUGAGCGCCUGGUCGAUAACGACGUUCCAAAGAAUAGUUAGGUGAACAUCUGUGGAUACAGGAAAUUUACCUUAGUUCUUCGCUACUUCUACCCCCGUUAUCUUCUUUUAUUAUUAUAAUUAGUUCUUCUUUCUCAACGAUGACGUGCACAAAAGUAUUUCACGCGUCUGUUUUGUAUAUAUCGAUUGUUCAUAACCGUCCUCGAUUUCUAAGGCGAAGAAAUUAGCAAACUCUCCGUUGAGAAUCGGAAUGACAGAACCGUCCAAUAAAUAUUCUGCCAUUACAGGAUUCGAGUAGAAUCGCAAUGGGAAAAUGAAGUCCCAGAUCUAUCGAUUCGAUUACUAUCUCGAAAUGAAGAGACUAAAUUUUGUGCCAGGAAAGACCGCGAUCGAGUAAUUUCAAUUCCCAGCUUUCCGAGUUACGAUGUACAAUGUAGACAUAACCACCCGUUUUUAUUGUAAUUAGACCUAGGGUAUUGAUUGUUGUAAAGAAAUCUUCUUCACGUAUGUAGGGUAAUAUAUUUCAUGUUACGACGUUUAACGAUGUUUUAAUUUCAGUGAGAGUAAUAGCGAUACGCCUGUUGCUCAUCGUUUUGACCGUAGUUUUGUUUCAAACUAUGUAUUUAUGUAUUACAACGUAAAUAAUUCGAAGUGCAUCGAAAUAUAGUUUGUAUAGGACUAUUUAUAACGCUGUAAUUAAAUGUAUAUGUAUUUUG